CCUCAUGAAACUGAUUUAUGGGUAAGCAUAUAUACUUCACACUAGGAGUCCACAAGAAAAACAAUCAUGUUUCCGACAAUAAUAUAUCUUCAUCUUCUGCUGAUCAAUGUUCGAGCGAAUCGGAGUUAAGUUUCCGAUCUUACAAAAUAGGUUGCGCGCAUGCGCACAUAUUGUCAGUGCCAUGUUGAUCUUGUGAACUUUACUCCCCAAUCCAAGGUCAAGAGACGAUCUUUCAUCGGACAUUUCCGCUUUAUCUAACACCUUCAGAGGAUCUCUUCAAUACUUUGGGUUAAGACAAAAGAGGAGACCAUGGCUAGCUUCUCGUACAUCAUCUCCAAUCUUUUGGAGAAGAUGACCUCCAGUGAUAAGGAUUUCCGGUUUAUGGCAACCAAUGAUCUCAUGACUGAGCUACAGAAAGACUCCAUCAAGCUCGAUGAUGAUAGUGAAAAGAAGGUUGUAAGGAUGCUUUUGAAACUUUUAGAAGAUAAGAAUGGAGAAGUCCAGAACCUGGCUGUCAAAUGCUUGGGGCCAUUGGUGUCCAAAGUGAAGGAGUACCAAGUGGAGACCAUUGUAGACACUCUGUGUAACAACAUGCUCUCAGACAAGGAACAGCUGAGGGAUAUCUCAAGCAUUGGUCUGAAAACUGUCAUCAAUGAACUGCCCCCUGCUUCCAGCCCUCUAGCAGCUAACAUAUGUAAGAGCAUCACAGGCAGGCUAACAAAUGCUAUUGCUAUGCAGGAAGAUGUGUCUGUCAAGUUGGAAGCCCUGGACAUCUUGGGGGAUCUUCUCAGCAGAUUUGGAGGUCUGUUGGUGAGUUUCCAUCCAUCCAUCCAGUCAUCUCUUCUCCCUCAGCUGGCUAGUGCUAGGAUGGCUGUCAGAAAGAGGACCAUCAUCGCUCUUGGUCACCUCGUCAUGAGCAGCAGUAUCAAGCUCUUCUCAGACCUGAUGGACUACCUGCUGAGUGAGCUGAGUGCAAACAAAAGCUCCUCUACAACCCGGACAUACAUACAGUGCAUCGGGGCAAUCAGCCGUCAAGCUGGUCAUCGUGUUGGGGAACACCUGGAGAGGAUCAUCCCUCUGAUCGUCAAGUUCUGCAAGAUUGAUGAAGAUGAUGAACUGAGAGAGUAUUGUAUCCAAGCUUUUGAAUCAUUUGUGAGACGAUGCCCCAAAGAAGUUUCACCUCAUGUUUCAACUAUUGUAGAACUGUGCCUCCAGUACAUCUGUUAUGAUCCUAACUACAACUAUGAAGAUGACGAUGAGGAAGAGGAUGCCAUGGAUACAGAAGGAGAGGAGGAAGGUGAGAGCGAUGAUGAGUACAGCGAUGAUGAUGACAUGAGCUGGAAGGUGAGGAGGGCAUCAGCGAAAUGUUUGGAUGCUGUGAUCGGAUCCAGACACGAGAUGCUGACAGAGUUCUACAACACGGUCUCACCCGCUCUUAUUGCAAGAUUCAAAGAGCGUGAGGAGAAUGUGAAAGCGGAUAUCUUCCAUGCCUACAUCACCCUACUCCGUCAGACGAAACCAAUCAACACAGGCUGCUUUGAUCCGGAUGCUAUGGAGGAAGAUGAAGGACCGGUCGCCAUCUUGAAGCAGCAGGUGCCGAACAUUGUGAGGGCGCUACACAAGCAGAUGAAGGAGAAGAGCAUCAAGACGAGACAAGGCUGCCUCAAUCUCUUGACGGAGCUCAUCAACGUCUCACCCGGUGCCCUGACAGCUCAUAUCCCAUCGCUCGUACCAGGAAUUGAGUUCUCUCUCAUUGACAAGAACAGUAGUUCCAACAUGAAGAUUGAUGCACUGGCCUUCCUCAACUGUCUCCUGAAUAACCACAGCCCUGAAGCUUUUCAUGCUCAUAUCUCUCUCAUUGUUCCUCCUGUGGUCGCUGCAGCUGGAGAUCCAUUCUACAAGAUCACAUCAGAGGCUCUCCUUGUCACCCAGACUCUAGUCAAAGUCAUCAGGCCACUAGAGAAAGAUAAUGGAUUUGACUUCUCCCCGUUCGUCCUUGACCUGUACGGCUGCACACUGACCCGUCUCAAGGCAGCGGACAUUGACCAAGAGGUCAAGGAAAGGGCAAUCUCAUGCAUGGGUCAGAUCAUCUGUAACCUUGGCGAUCACCUGAAGUCUGAGCUGUCUACCUGCUUGCCCAUCUUCUUGGAUCGUCUGAGGAAUGAGAUCACCAGGCUGACCACAGUCAAAGCUCUUACUCUCAUCUCUGGCUCACCCCUUGAAGUGGAUCUCUCUCCUAUACUGGGACAAGGUGUACCCAUUUUGGCCUCCUUCUUGCGUAAGAACCACAGAGCUCUCAAAUUGGCAACGCUCUCAUCCCUCAACAUACUCAUCAGAAACUACGGUUCCUCCCUGACAAGUACGAUGAUCGAUGGCAUCAUGACAGAGCUGCCUCCGCUCAUCAACGAGAGUGACCUCCACAUCUCCCAGCUGACCCUUAACCUCUUGACCUCUCUGUGUGAGAUCCACCCAUCCAGUAUGGCGAAGAUCUACGAUCACAUCCUAGUGGAGAUUCUAAUUCUGGUCAGAUCUCCUCUGCUCCAAGGUGGUGCCCUGACUGCCAUGUUGGACUUUUACAAGGUACUGGUCUUGACCAAGACGUCUAAGAUGGGGUUCCAGGAACUCCUUGGACUACUGACGGCUCCCGUCUACAGCCCAACAGAGGCUACCCAACCGUCUACCACACCCUAUGCAGUCCACAAACAGGCUUUCCAUUCAAUUGCAAAGUGCGUUGCUGUUUUAACGAUUUCCUGUGCCAACCAAGGAUCAACUGUUGUUCUUCAGUUUGUAAAUGAUAUCAAGAAUCCUGAAUCAACAGAUUCUAUCAGGUUGUUUGCUUUGUUGGCUCUUGGUGAGAUAGGAAAGCAUGUAGAUUUGAGCGGUCAAGCUGAGCUUCAGAAGGUCAUUGUAGAAUCGUUCUCAUCACCCUGUGAGGAGGUCAAAUCGGCCGCUUCUUAUGCCCUUGGUAAUGUUAGUGUAGGCAACCUCCCCAAGUACCUUCCGUUCGUCCUACAAGAGAUAGAGACACAGCAGAAAAGACAGUACCUACUACUACACUCUCUCAAAGAGAUCAUCUCAUGUCAAAGUGUUUCCCAGGCUGGUGUGGAUGGACUGAAGCCAUUUGUUGAAACAAUUUGGUCAAUGUUAUUUAACCAUUGUGAGUGUCCGGAGGAAGGAACAAGGAAUGUAGUUGCAGAAUGUUUGGGAAAACUUACCCUCAUAAACCCUGAACAACUGCUACCGAUGCUGAAGACCAAUUUGAAGUCUGAUUCAGCCUACACAAGGAGUACAGUAGUCACAGCUGUCAAGUUCACAAUCUCAGAUCAGCCUCAAGCCAUUGACCCUCUCCUGAAGGCAUGCAUCGCUGAGUUCUUACAGACCAUGCAGGAUCCCGAUCUCAAUGUCAGACGGGUUUCACUGGUUACGUUCAACUCGGCUGCACACAACAAACCAACCCUCAUUAGAGAUCUACUAGAAACCAUCCUACCACAUCUCUACAAUGAAACAAAAGUCAAGAAAGAGUUGAUCCGAGAGGUAGAGAUGGGUCCCUUCAAGCACACGGUAGAUGACGGUCUCGAUACAAGAAAGGCUGCGUUUGAAUGCAUGUACACACUACUGGAGUCAUGUCUGGACAGACUGGAUAUCUUUGAGUUCCUCAAUCACCUAGAGGAUGGACUCAAAGACCACUAUGAUGUCAAGAUGCUGACGUACUUGAUGCUGGUCAGAUUGUCAACACUCAGCCCACAUGCAAUCUUACAAAGGCUAGACAGACUGAUUGAACCAUUGAGAACGACAUGCACCACUAAGGUUAAAGCUAACUCGGUCAAGCAGGAGUUUGAGAAACAGGAUGAGCUGAAGCGAUCAGCGAUGAGGGUAGUAUCUGCUCUCCAGGCUGUCCCUGACAGCGACAAGAAUCUGCUCCUCACCGAGUUCCUGAUGCAGAUCCGCUCGAGCCCCGAGAUGGCGACGAUGUUUGACAGCAUCCAAAAGGAUUCAACGCUCAGUAGCAGUGAUUCGCUCAUGGAUACCACUUAGAUGUCCUUAUUUGCCUCAUGAUCCAGGUUUUCUUAGUACUCAUUGCUAGAACUGACGAUGCUCCACAAUUGUUUUUGCUUGUAUUUACUUCUGAUACUGUACCACACAUGGAUGUAAUUAUCAUUUUUUUUGGGGCUAGCAAAAUAUUAGGAACUGCUAAGGGUACCUUGACAAAUAUUCCACAGAUGCUCAACAAUUGUUUUUGCCUGUAUUUACUUCCAAUACCACACAUGGGUGUAAUUAUCUUUCUAUUUUGGCUAGAGAAAUAUUAGAAACUGCUAAGGGUAUCUUGGCAAAUGAUUGACAGAUGCUCAACAAUUGUUUUUGCCUGUAUUUACUUCUGAUACCACACAUGGGUGUAAUUAUCAUUUUUUUUUUGGCUAGAGAAAUAUUAGAAACUGCUAAGGGUAACUUGACAUAUGUGUCGUGAGCAGCCUCUUUGUGAUAUUUCUAAAGGCUACAAUCUCCUUGGAAGUCCAUAUUAAAAAACAAACAAACAACCAAAAGCAGUGCUACACUUCUUUUAUCAUAGAAAUAUGAGGUUCUGAAAUUCUAUAUUAAUUAUAACGUAAGGACUAAGGAGCUUUACUAUUAAUACUUUGUGUUUAGUCACUCUAGUGCAAAGAUCAAGAUCUGUUUGAUUCAUCUCAAUUCACUUUAGACUGUAGGCUUUACCCCUCCCCUGUAUAAUGCAACCUGGGUGUAAAGACCACUCAAGAGAAACAAGAAAAGUGGUCUCUAUAGGGAACUUUGUCUCUGUGUUCAGGUUCCCCUAGUACACAUUUCAAUGAGAAAUAUAGUUCAAAUGAGAGGCCAUAAUAAUUAGAUGAAACUGAAUUAUUAUUUUUUGGUGGAAAAUGUGUUUUUAAGUCCACCAGCUUCAGUUUUGUCAUGCAUAUACAAAUGUAUAUUGUACUAUUGUUAGUAUUGUGAGUUUUAUGUGAGUUUAAUGAGUUUUGCUUCACGACCCUAUCCAAUUUGAAAACAGUCUGCAUCUAUCUUUUACAAAAUUUGGCAGUUUGAGAUUCUGCCAAUGUUUCAACCCCAGUUUGCUGCGAUCCGAUCAAUUGGAAUUGUUUGUAAAUUAUACGUCGAUGUGUAAUCAUGAACUUUCAGGAUAACAUUUUGUUUGAUUCUGGGAAAAAUUACUUUCCAACAUUACUAGAACUCUUAAUUACCUGUAGGUUUCCACCUAUUACUCUAUAUUACUCAUUAGAAAAAAAACAGACAUUCAGAGGCAACUGCUUUAUCUUUUUGUUGACGUUUACCGUUAAUUCAAACUGAUAUUUUCGUGGUUAUGUGCUUUUAUUUCUUGUUAUGAACAAGCCUUCUUUCACGUACAUGUAAACCAUGUACCUUUGUACUUGUAUUUUUAAUAGUUAGUGAUAACUUCAAGUAUUGUAAAUGUACACAGAUAUUUAAAGUAAAUUUGUACACUGUCUUUACUUGCAUGUACAUGGAAAUCAUCUAAUCAACACUGUUCACAUUUCAUUCUUAUACUAACUUUUUGGUCCCAUCAUAAGAUUUUUUUUUUUUUUUUUUUUUUUUGGGGGGGGGGGGGGGGGGGGUUGGUGUUCGAAAUUGUUGGUCCAUAUGCACUGGUCAGUUGUCAUUGUUGAGGCUGGCCAAUUGCAAUGUGGACAUUGGUACUAAGUACUCUCCAAACCCUUUAUUCUUGUGGGAAAUGAUGUUCAAUACAAUAUUGAAUUCAUGCAUGGGAAACAGAGGUACAUGUAUUAAUGAUUUCUUAAAGAAUGUGAUAAUUGAAAUGUUGUGAAUAUCUUGAAUUUGCUUUCUUUGUUAAUUUUGGGUAUUGCAUGCACAUGCUGAGACAUGCUUUAAAUUAAGGAUUUGAAAAAUAUGUAUAAUGCCUGAUUAUUGUAUGUUUCAAUUUUAUUUGUUACAGGGAAUAUUUGACUUCUAGAAUUUUGAAAAAGAGAGAUGAUUUUUAAGUGCAGUAAAAGGAAAAAUCAAAAUAGUUUAAUAUACACCUUUGCAGAGUAUGAUGAAUCCUAAAUAAACCUCACACUUUCUUCGGUA